GUUGGUCUGGUGCUUGGCCUGUCCCUUGCACACGUUAUUAUUUGUGGCACAUGUUGGUCUGGUGGUUGGCCUGUCCCUUGAACACGUUACUGUUCGUGGCACAUGUUGGUCUGGUGGUUGGCCUGUCCCUUGAACACGUUACUGUUCGUGGCACAUGUUGGUCUGGUGGUUGGCCUGUCCCUUGAACACGUUACUGUUCGUGGCACAUGUUGGUCUGGUGGUUGGCCUGUCCCUUGAACACGUUACUGUUCGUGGCACAUGUUGGUCUGGUGGUUGGCCUGUCCCUUGAACACGUUACUGUUCAUGGCACAUGUUGGUCUGGUGCUUGGUCUGUCCCUUGCACACGUUAUUAUUUGUGGCACAUGUUGUUCUGGUGGUUGGCCUGUCCCUUGAACACGUUACUGUUCGUGGCACAUGUUGGUCUGGUGGUUGGCCUGUCCCUUGAACAUGUUACUGUUCGUGGCACAUGUUGUUCUGGUGGUUGGCCUGUCCCUUGAACACGUUACUGUUCGUGGCACAUGUUGGUCUGGUGCUUGGCCUGUUUCUGAGAGGCAGAGACUGUGUCGCCAUCACUGUACCUCCAGUGCCUCCUGCAGGCAGCCCCUCUUUGAAAUGAAUACUGAAGCAGAACAGGAGCUUCUCCAUCAUGCCAGAAAUGGUAAUGCUAAAGAAGUUCGACAGUUAUUAGAAAGCAUGGAAAGAAAUCAAGUAAUUGCUGACAUUAAUUGCAAAGGAAGAAGUAAGUCUAAUUUGGGGUGGACACCUCUUCAUCUGGCAUGCUAUUUUGGACAUAGACAAGUGGUCCAGGAUCUGUUAAAGGCUGGUGCAGAAGUGAAUGUAUUGAAUGACAUGGGAGACACGCCACUUCACCGAGCUGCCUUUACAGGACGAAAGGAGCUGGUAAUGCUUCUUUUAGAAUAUAAUGCAGAUACUACUGUUGUUAAUGGGAGUGGACAGACUGCAAAAGAAGUCACUUAUGACAAAGAAAUCAGGAACAUGCUUGAAGCUGUAGAAAGGACUCAACAAAGAAAGCUUGAAGAAGAACUUUUAGCAGCAGCAAGAGAAGGCAGAACAGCAGAACUCCUAGCUCUGCUCAACAGGCCCAAUCCUCCUGAUGUUAAUUGUUCGGAUCAGUUAGGAAAUACACCCUUGCACUGUGCAGCUUACCGGGCUCAUAAGCAAUGUGCCUUAAAGCUUCUAAAAAGUGGAGCAGACCCAAAUUUGAAGAACAAAAAUGAUCAGAAACCCCUUGACCUUGCCCAGGGUGCUGAAAUGAAACACAUUCUUAUUGGUAAUAAGGUCAUCUACAAAGCACUGAAACGAUAUGAAGGCCCUCUUUGGAAGAGUUCAAGAUUUUUUGGCUGGAGAUUAUUCUGGGUGGUAUUAGAACAUGGAGUCCUUUCGUGGUAUAGGAAACAGCCUGAUGCAGUCCAUAAUAUUUAUCGCCAGGGAUGCAAACACUUAACUCAAGCAGUAUGCACGGUAAAAUCCACUGAUAGCUGCCUCUUCUUUAUUAAAUGCUUUGAUGACACUAUUCAUGGCUUCAGGGUUCCUAAGAAUAGCCUUCAACAGUCAAGAGAGGACUGGCUGGAAGCAAUAGAAGAUCAUUCUGCGUACAGCACUCACUACUGUUCCCAGGACCAACUGACUGAUGAUGAGGAGGAAGAUGCAACUUCCGCUGUAGACUUGAAGGAAUCCUUAGAGAAAGCACAAAAAUGCCAACAGAAACUAGAUAGGGAAAUUUUCAACUUUCUGAAAAUGAUUAAGGAUUGUGACAUGGCUAAAGACAUGCUUCCAUCAUUUCUUCAGAAAGUUGAAGUUGUCUCUGAAGCUUCCAGAGAAACUUGUGUAGCUUUGAGUGAUUGCCUUAAUCUCUUCACUAAACAAGAAGGGGUGAGGAAUUUUAAAUUGGAACAGGAGCAAGAAAAAAACAAAAUUUUGUCAGAAGCACUGGAGACUCUGGCCACUGAACACCAUGAAUUAGAGCGAUCUCUGGUUGAAGGCUCGCCACCCCACAGCAUCCUCAGCGAAGACGAGUUCUAUGAUGCACUAUCAGAGUCCGAGUCCGAGCGGUCCUUGAGCAGACUGGAGGCAGUGACGGCACGCUCCUCUGAAGAGGAAGGAGAGCACCUGGGCAGUAGAAAACCCAGAAUGUCAGAGGGAAACGAUUGUGGUGGUGGAGAUGCUCUCUCCAAUGGCAUCAAAAAACACAGAACAAGCCUGCCCUCCCCUAUGUUUUCCAGAAAUGACUUCAGUAUCUGGAGCAUCCUAAGAAAAUGUAUUGGAAUGGAACUAUCCAAGAUCACCAUGCCAGUUAUAUUUAAUGAGCCUUUGAGCUUCCUACAACGACUCACUGAAUAUAUGGAACAUACAUACCUCAUCCACAAGGCCAGUUCAUUUUCUGAUUCUGUGGAAAGGAUGCAGUGUGUAGCUGCAUUUGCUGUAUCUGCUGUUGCUUCUCAGUGGGAACGCACUGGAAAGCCUUUCAACCCGCUUCUGGGAGAGACUUACGAAUUAGUUCGAGAUGACCUUGGUUUCAGACUCAUCUCGGAGCAGGUCAGCCAUCACCCACCCAUUAGUGCAUUUCAUGCUGAAGGAUUAAACAACGAUUUCAUCUUUCAUGGCUCGAUCUACCCCAAACUGAAGUUCUGGGGCAAGAGUGUAGAAGCAGAACCCAAAGGAACCAUCACUUUGGAGCUCCUUGAACACAGUGAAGCAUACACAUGGACAAAUCCUACCUGCUGCGUACAUAACAUCAUCGUGGGUAAACUCUGGAUUGAGCAGUACGGCAAUGUGGAAAUCACAAACCACAAGACUGGGGACAAAUGUGUGUUGAAUUUUAAGCCAUGCGGCCUUUUUGGUAAGGAAUUACAUAAAGUCGAAGGCUACAUUCAAGAUAAAAGCAAGAAGAGGCUCUGUGCCCUCUAUGGGAAGUGGACCGAGUGUUUGUACAGUGUGGACCCCGCCACUUUUGAUGCUUACAAAAAAAACGACAAGAAAAAUACUGAAGAGAAGAAAAACAGCAAACAGAUGAGCACUUCUGAGGAGUCGGACGAGAUGCCAAUGCCAGAUUCUGAAAGUGUGUUUGUGAUCCCUGGAAGUGUUCUCCUGUGGCGAAUAGCCCCACGGCCUCCAAACUCUGCCCAGAUGUAUAACUUUACUAGCUUUGCAAUGGUUUUGAAUGAAGUAGACAAGGAAAUGGAGAGCGUGAUUCCUAAGACAGACUGCAGGUUACGGCCUGACAUCAGAGCCAUGGAGAAUGGAGAAAUAGAUCAAGCUAGUGAAGAAAAAAAACGACUUGAGGAAAAACAAAGAGCAGCCCGCAAAAACAGGUCCAAGUCGGAGGAGGACUGGAAGACGAGGUGGUUCCAUCAAGGUCCUAAUCCCUACAAUGGAGCACAGGACUGGCUUUACUCGGGCAGCUACUGGGACAGAAACUACUUCAAUUUGCCUGACAUUUAUUAAAAUGCACACAAGUCAGGGUGUUUGGCUAAUCUAUAAAUAAGUCUUAAACCUAUGUUUUUAAAUUUUUUCCUUGGUUUCUACUCAUCUUUUAAAAAAAGAAAAAACCUGCUCUGAGAUAACUUGCAUUUCACUCAACAAAAGUAGGGCAUGAGGUGAUAUUGGUGAGGAAAGUCAGGAAAAAUGGGUAAUUUUGCUAUCCAAACUUACUUCUUUGGAACACUGUUUUAGAGAGGUAAGAGAAACUGUGUGGAGAAAAUGCUUUUUAUGGUUGCUGUUGCCAUAUCUACUGAAAGUUUAUACCCAACUGUAACUUUAGCUUUAUGGAAUUAUAUAGUAGUCCCAAAUCAAGUUAUUUUCAAUAUUUUUAUGCUGUCAUGCUUGAAUGUUUUAGAUGUGACUUUGAAAUGUUUAGAACUCUUCUAUACAAUGUUAAUGUGCUCAAAUGUAGAGAAGGUUAUGUCAUUGUGUAAAGACUACGUUAAAAAGAUGGCUUUUCUUCGUACUAAUCCUCUCAAUUUUACCUCUUCCCACUUCCAAAAAGAAAAACUUGUUCCUGAUUUGAAAAUUCUAAAAAAUUAAACUGGAAAAGGUAUUUUAGUGCUCUGAAUUUACUUUUACAAUUUUCUGUAAUCAUGGUCCUUAGAAUUAAAAGGUGUUUGAAUUGAAAAUUCAUAUAAAAUCUAGUUCACAAAAAUGCCCUAGAAAUAGAUUCUAAUCACCAUCAUUACAUAAUGACAAACCUUUAUAAAUGCUUCAACUUUUGUGGCAAAGGCCACCUGAGACGUGAAGUUGCACUCAUGUAUUAUAAGUACCAAACUAUACAAUAGGGGGUCUUGUGCAUUGCGAGUACGUAAGGCCCCCGUGUACUUAAAAUCUGUAUGGAGACCUACUAUACAGUAGCUUUGCCCCUUUCAUUGGGGUACAUUAAUCUAAUGGUAUUUAUCCACCCAACCCCGGACUGAGAUCUUGCUCCAAGGGGCUUUAGGUAGCUGCCAGUAAAUUAUUUUAAUUGCUGUCUUGAAGUUAACAAGUGUUACAAUGAAAUAAUCUACCUGAUGCUAAAUAAAGGCUUUAGAAUGUU